AUGCCCAAGACAUUAGCCGCGCCGGAGUCCCAUGCAGGAGACAGAGAUGUGUACAUUGUGAACAGGAACGGCGUAGAACAACAGGUUCAUAUCCUGGAUCGCCAUGGCGCGGAGGUCUACGUCCAUUACGUGGACAAAGACAAACGCCUCGAUGAGUGGGUGGCGGAACGCGAUGUCCGUCCUGCAGGAGGACAUGAGGUGAACGACAUGAGCAACGGCACAACACGCAAAAGAAAGAGAGACUCUGUAGAUGGCGCAGGGUCUUCCAGUCUACGUAGCUCUCCCAGCCGCCCCCCGCGCGAUCAGGAUGCAGGCUCAGGGUCCGCGCAGCCUGAGGACGAGGACGCGAGCAAGGCGAACGCGAGCGUGAUCACGGAGGAAGAGUAUGACAUCGAGCAUCACAAGCAGAUCACCGCAAAAAGGAACUUCGACAAAGUCAUAUUCGGACGGUGGCAGAUCAAGACGUGGUACUUCUCGCCAUAUCCUCUGACCGAGUCGGAGACCGAGGAGACAGGCACGCCGAGCUCGCAUACACCCAGUGCAGUGGGCAGAAUACCCGGGGUGUCUCGGUCUUCGAUACGCUCGCAUGGGCGAACGUCCGACCUUCUCGCGGGAGGACUGGGUCGCAGCCAUGGCACUGGCCAGAACUCGACCCUGUGGGUCUGCGAUCGAUGCUUCAAGUACAUGGCAGAAGGCCUGUCCUGGGAAGUGCACCUCAAAAAGUGUACGCGGAAAAGUCCGCCAGGGCGCAAAGUCUAUCAGCGUGGGGCUCACAUCAUCUGGGAAGUCGAUGGGGCAAAGGAGAAGCUCUACUGCCAGAACCUAUCGCUGUUCGGCAAGUUCUUCAUUGACAUAAAGACCCUCUUUUUCGACUGCGACAACUUCCUCUUCUAUAUCCUCACAGAUGCUGACUCUCAGAGGGACCAUGUCCUUGGCUUCUUCUCGAAGGAGAAAGUGUCGUAUGACGACUACAAUCUGGCCUGCAUCGUCGUCCUGCCCCCUUAUCAAAAGAAGGGCUACGGCAUGCUUCUCAUAGAAUUCAGUUAUGAGCUCUCCCGGAGGGCUGGGAAGAUCGGGACUCCCGAGCGGCCGCUGUCGGAUCUGGGGUUGCGCAGCUACCUCACGUACUGGGUGUCCACCCUCAUCAGGUUCUUCCGGCGGCUGCUCUCGGUGCUACCACCGGAUACGGCGCAGGUUGUGACGACCGGUCUGACAACGGACGUGGCGGACGCCUUCGCGCAAUCUCCUUCCCGCGACACUGAGGACGGCUCGUCCGUCUCGAAGAAGAAGAGGAAGAGCACCAAGGGCUGGGACGGCGAGGAGCUCUCGGCGGCCGCCAUUGCCGCCCGGACGGCGCACAUGAACGACAUGAACGACCCGAUGUGGACCACGCUCCGGAGCGUCGAGACGACCGCGAACGCGGACGGGAGCGCGACGACGCACGUCGUCGUCCGCUGCACGCUCGUGGACAUCGCGCGCGCGACGAACCUCCGCGUCGAGGACGCCGCGUUCGCCCUGAACGAGUGCGGGCUCCUCGUGCGCCGCGUCCGGAGGGACGCUUCCGGGCUCGAGGGCGCAGAAGCAGGCGAGUCGCUGGCGAUCACGCGGGAGAUGGUCGAGGCGAUCGCGAAGGAGCGCGACGUGAAGCGCAUGUGUAUGGACCUCGCGCACGUCCUGCUCUGA